CGGGUGGAAACGCUUUGUCGUACUUGAGCCCUCACAGCAACAUCAUUGCCCGCCGCCACAUUCACUUCCCGGAACCACACGCUCGUCGCUCGUCGCUCGCCUGCAGCACCACGCAACCAAAUACACUCUUCACGAGCUGCCGCGCAGCAAUAAGUCAUCGUUUUGCACAGACUGCGGUUGUCCCUUAGUGGCCCUCAGAAGUGGAGGAGGGAGUGGUGACGACAACAUGGACGGUGCAGGUGGACCUGGAGGUUCAGGAGGGCUCCCGUCAUUUCGAAGAGAGAGCGUAAAGCGAAGCUUCAGUACAAUGGCAGAAAGUCACCGUGAUCGAGAUGGUUCACCCGCCACGCUCUUUGUUCCGCACGACGACCACUACAACAACGAACACCCAGCACAGCGAGCUCGAUUGGCCUCCAGCCGUAUAGCCUUGCCUCAGCGAUAUCCCGGUGACGGCUUUGACUACCGAAGACCCACCAUGUCGGGCAGUGGCAGUGGCAGUAGCAGCGGCAGUGGAAGCAAUGGCAAUGGGCAGGAUCGAAACCCAGGCGUAGGAGUUAUUGACCUCACUGAAGAAGAUGAUGACCUACCGCGGACGAGAGGAACUCGAGGUGAAGAAGCAGGAAGAGAUUCACGUGCUCAGCGCGGCCCCCGGUUCGGAAGAAACAUAAUCGACCUUGACGGUGAGGACGACGCUGAAGAUCUCACGCAGCCUAUUUCGCAUGCUGCACCUUCUUCUGCGCCCCGGCCGAACUAUUUGAGCCUCUUUCCAGCUCGAGCCCCCACGACAACUCAUCCACAUCCACGAUACUCUGGACUUCGAAGACCAGAACGGUCAUCGCCACCACGAAGGACAGAUAUGGAGGAUUUGACGGAACUACGAACACGCCUGCAUGCUAGGCCCAGUGAGAGUAGUCGUGGCCAUAGGAGUGUCACGCCAUAUCCGAAUGGUCGCCCCGAGCCUAUCGAUCUCACAGGCGAUGAGGACGAAUUGGUCAUUGUGGACGCUCGCACACGAGCAGGCAUAAAUGACGAGCGGCCCAGUACCACAGCAGGCAUGGGUACGAGGUCAGUCAACGACCUGUUCGCCCACCUGGGUCGUCCUGGCCGUCUGUUUGAUCGGGUUAUGGCUUUCUCAGGAAUCCCGAGGACGAAUGCGAACAAUGUGCCUGCACGAGCGCAGGUCACGUUCGUCAACCCCGAUGCUCAACAACGUGGUGCACUCCAGGUCAAUUUAGAUUUCGGCGCGACUGCGUUCGAUUUGGGGUUAGGGGGUAAUCCACCUCCCCCACCGAAGUAUGAGCCCCCUCCCUCGGCGGCGAAAGGAUUCACGCGUUCUCCCGGAGAGCAGGAUGUCGUCGUCUGUCCCAACUGUGGAAACGAGCUUGCAGUUAAUAGUGACGAGAAGAAGGCGGAGGUCUGGAUCAUCAAGAAGUGUGGACAUGCAUACUGUGGGGAUUGUGCUCAACAUCGGACCAAGACAACCAAAGGCAAAGGCAAAGCCCCAGUUCACAGCACACCAAUGCCUUUCAAGGAAUGCGUAAUUCACGGCUGUAGAGAGAAGGCUGGGGCUAAAGCUAUGAUGCACAUUUUCAUCGGCAGUUAGAAUCGUUGAUUUAGUGUCGUUUCCAUUCCUGAGGCCCUUGCGAAAUUUCACUGAAUCCGCUCCGAUCGCUAGGUUCAGCUUUGUUUCAGCAUUAGCG